AUGGAUAAAGAGGGGAAUGACCUAGCGGAUUCCCUUGCCAAGCAAGCAGCCAUUGACGGAGAAGUCUUUGACGUUGACGACCUCAUGGGAACUGUCCAAGUGGAUGCUAUGACAAGGAGUCAGGCCCAAAAAAGAGCUGAAGCCAAUGUGGCACUGUGGAGCCAAGAUUCCCCUAGUGAAGAUCUCAUUGCGAGCCAAAAGGGGGAUCCGAUUAUUGGUCUCUUUUAUAAGUACAUUGAGGAUCCACACAACUGUCCCAUAACCACGGAAGACUGUAUGGGUAAGGAGGAGAUACGAAUUUUGAUGAAAGAUCGUUUGCUUCGCCACUUUGCAGUCGGUGCCAGAUCCUACAUCAGGGACACUGGGGAUUUUCUUGACAAGAUCUCCGAUAUCAAACUACCUGAUGGAUGUCUGGUGGCGUCCUUUGACGUCACCAGUUUAUAUACCUCCAUCGACCAUGCAAGAGGUUUAUCUGCUGUCCAGAGACAAUUAUCUGGAGCUAUGGCCUCUCCUGCAGAGCCCGAUCAGCCACGGAAAUUAGCCGCCAAGAGGAGACACCUGGCUUGCUAUGAUUGCAAUACGCCUCUUGAGGACAGCUGCCCAUUUUCCAGAUGUAACAGCUGUCGUUCCGCCACUGCUACUGAGCCUUCAAUGCAGGAUAUGUACCAGUGGGCUAAGACUUAUGUCGACGACUCCAUCAAGGGGGUCACAAAUCUGACUGUGGUCACAGAGUUUCUCCUCUUAGGAUUUCAAGGCAGCCAACUUUUGAGAAAUCUUUUAUUUCUUCUGUUCCUUGUUGUUUUUGUUGCCACAAUAUGUGAGAACCUCCUGAUCAUCAUCCUGGUGUCCACCACCAAGAAGCUCCACACCCCAAUGUACUUCUUCAUCUCACAACUGUCCAUCAGUGACAUCUUAUUAUCCACAAAUAUUGUCCCCAACCUGCUGUACAUCCUACUGAAUAAUGGAGGAACCGUCAGUUUUAUUGGUUGUAUGACUCAGUUUUAUUUUUUUGAUUGCACUGAAGUAUUAGAGUGUUUUCUUUUCGCUGUGAUGUCUUAUGACAGAUAUGUGGCCAUCUGUAAUCCCCUCCGUUACACCUCCAUCAUGACAAAUAGAUUUUCUGUUGCAGCAAUCAUUAUUAGUUGGUUGAUGGGUAAUGGUAUUUCAUUCAUUGCUACCAUAACAUCAUCAAAACUAAACUUUUGUGGGUCAAAUAUCAUCGACCAUAUAUUCUGUGACCUUGUCCCCUUACUAGACCUGUCCUGUUCUGACACCUUCUCUGUUCACUUGGAGAUUUUUGUUUUAGGAGCUCCAACUGUAAUGGUUCCAACCUCAAUCAUUGUAGUGUCUUAUAUUUACAUUGUUAUAUCAGUCUUAAGGAUCCCAUCCAGUACUGGUAGACAGAAAGCCUUCUCCACCUGUAGCUCCCACCUCAUUGUGGUCUCCAUUUUUUACGGGACUAUAUUAAGUGUUUACGUAUUCCCUAAGAGAGAACAAACUUGGGUCACUAGUAAGAUCCUCUCUCUGCUGUAUACUGUAUUUACUCCAUUUAUUAACCCCAUUAUAUACAGUCUGAGGAAUAAAGACAUUAAGAAAGCCGCACAGCAAACAUUACAUAAACUCAUAUCCCGUAAUAAACAUUAA